AAAUCAUUCAUAGGUACCGUGAUGAGGGAGAAAUCUUCAUCUCAAAUCGGCGAGUGUUAGAGAAGCGAUGUUGACAAAUAUUUCACAUCAUGUUAGCGUUGAUGCCAUGAAUUUACAAAUGAGUCUCUUAGAGUCACAUCUCAGUCAGAGUUAUGCGGCUAUUUCGGCCAUGUCGGGCUACCCGCAUUUUGUGUCACCGUUCACGGCCUUACGUGCACCGUCUCCAGAACAAUUACGAGCCUUGGACUGUAGUGUUACCGUGAAUCCAGCGUUUUACCAUCAUGGACCACUUAAUUUUUCCAUGGAUAAAAUUUUGAAAAAUGCAAAAGAUGAUCGCCGGACUCCUGAUUCUACUGAUGGACAUUCGGACUGUGAAUCCAGAGGCAACAAUAGAGAUUAUAAAGAUGACGAUAGAGAAAGUCAAGCUGCUAAACGAAGACGAACGAGAACUAAUUUUACUGGGUGGCAAUUAGAAGAAUUAGAAAAAGCCUUUAAUGACAGUCAUUAUCCUGAUGUAUUUAUGAGAGAGGCACUGGCCUUAAAACUAGAUCUUGUUGAAUCUCGGGUACAGGUCUGGUUCCAAAAUCGACGAGCAAAAUGGAGAAAGAAGGAAAACACAAAGAAGGGACCCGGACGCCCCGCUCACAACGCUCAACCUAACACGUGCAGCGGUAGUCCUAUGGACGCUGACGAGGUCAGAAGGCGAGAAGAAGAGCGAAUGCUUAAAAAACAAAGAAAACAAGAAGAAAGAAUGCGACGACUGGAAGAAAAAAGACGUCUGUUUGGCGAUAAGCAUUCUGUUAACGGACUCGAUUCGAACUUAUCAAGAUUAAGUAGCGCCUUAUCGGGUGGAUCAAGCGACAAUGAAACCAAUCAUGCCGUGUUUGUAAAUAACGAAUCGCGACACCACAUCGCAGGUGAAGAAAAUAACUCCAAAAGUCCUUACAGUAUUGCUAGUUUGUUAGAAAAAUCGAAAGUUCCUCGCGGUAGACGACCGAAUUCGAAGUAUCCCCGCGUCCAGGCAUGUAAAUCUUUGGGCCCCAUCGGCAUAGGCAUGAUGCCACUGUUCCCGAUCACACAACCAAUAGGGUUUUUUGUUGAACAGCUCCCAGAAACAGAUGAUGAAGAUGACGACGACGAAGAUGAUAGUUUGGAUGUUGUGUCCGUCGAAAACGAACGCGAAACCGAAAAACAAAAAAUAGACUUACACGAAGAUGAGGAUAGUUCCGAUUGUAACGAAGCAUUAGACUUUUCUAAACAUACGACGAAUUCCGAAUCGGAGGAGAACGAUUCGCAGUAGAUAUAACAAGGCGAUUAUAGUUAAUAUCAAAUUAAUGUCUGGUUUAAGUUUGAAACCUAACAAACUGUGCUACAGUAGAGAUGAUGAUUAUUUAUAACAACGUGUUUUUAAUUGUGAUGAGGCAGCUAGGGGAAUUAUAAUAAUAUUAUUAGAAGUAUUAAAACAUACCACAUAAUAUAGAUAAUGUUGUAUUAGAAUUAUUCUGUUAUGUGAAUUGUUAUUUAUAUUAAGUUUGGGAUUUAGCAAUAAAUAUGUGCUAUGGAAA